AGAAAGCAAGUGAUGUCAAGAUGAUCAAGAGAAAUCAUGUCCAGGCAUGAUCACCUCGAUGACCACAAAAAAAGUUUUUUUUUUAAAUGUGGCUUCAUCUUUGAUGUUAACUCCAGUUUUUUAAUAAACAUUUUUAGUUGCACAAACAAUUCUCUAAAUAGAUUUUAUAUGAUGCAGUAACUACAUUAUUAUGCUUUUUUUCACUUUUUAUUUGUAGUUAAGAAAAAAAAUUAUACUUAAUGAACUGAUGCAUAAAUCAGGGUAAAGGUAAUGCGUAAAGAAAUUAAAAUAAAAUUACAAAUUCUAGGUACAUUCACAAAUAACUGUAAAUACUGCAUAUAAAUCAUUUAGAUCAAGUCUGACACUAUUGGAACUAUACCUUAAAUAUCUUACUUAAAAUUUAGUAUUUAGAAAGCAUUUUGUAUAUUUUUGUAUGAGAAUAUUUGGAUAUAUAUAUUUUUUUAUUUUCUUUAUUUUAUUAUUCUUUAUUUUGUAUUUACAUUAUAUAAAUGUAAUGUAUGUUUGAAAUAAAUAUAGGCAAUUUAUAAUAAUUUGUUUAUUGAAUUAAAUUACAGUUAUUUAUAUGGGACAUUAUCAUGCACAUGUCUUUGUAGAGUUAAUUGUUCUCUGAUGUGGAGGUGUGGUCACAUGACUGCCCCUCCCACUAUCUGUAACCUAUUAAAAACUCCCCACAUUUCAACCUCACUGUCCUUGCAGGGGGAGUAAUUAUCCAGUGUGGUGGUGGGUUUGUUGACACAUUUUAGGGAAACACAUUGUAAGGAAAGGUAGUGUGCUGAUUCCUGAACACAUAUUUAAUCUUGACAACACUGCAAUGCUUUAUUUCCUUAGAAGGGUGGAUUUACUUUCUUACAAAUGAGAUCUUUUUAUUUUUGUUUAUUACAGAUGCCCAAAAUAAGACCAGUUCGCCAGAGGUUGAAUUUCAGUGCUGUUGUUGAGGACAGCAGCUGCAGAGGAAUUGAAGAAGAGCUGAGAUUUUUGCCAUCCAAUGCAGUAUGUGAAGGGUUUCUCCGAAACACUCCAGAAUGUACAGAACAUGAAAUGACUAUAAAUGAAGAUUCCAUUGAAUCCCCUGCACUGCUCACAGCCAACUUGAGUGACACUGAGACUCCAUCUUCCAUUUCAUGCAGAGACACGUCUCCAUCGCGUCUCACCUCCAGACACUUCAGAAAAUCUAACAAUUGGAAAAAAGGCCAUUCUUUGAGGAAGAGAGAAAGUUUGCAUUCAUACGUCACUCCAAAAUCAGAAAUAAAGAGAUGGGGGAUUAAUGUAAACCCAUUCACUCCAGACUCACUUCUCGUCCAGACUGUGAGUGCGAAGAGGAACCGCAACCAUCAGAAAGAUGCAUGGGAGCAAUUUGAGGAGGACUUUAUUCCCCCAUUAAAGAGAAAGAAUGUUGAAGCGAGUUCAACAUCUCGCUACAAAUCUGAAUUCUACGAAUUGGAGAAAAUCAGCUCCGGACAGUUUGGAGCCGUUUUCAAAUGUGUGAAAAGACUUGAUGGGUGUAUCUAUGCCAUCAAGUGCUCCAAAAGCCCUUUAGAAGGUUCUGUGGAUGAGCAGAAGGCUCUACACGAGGUGUAUGCCCAUGCUGUACUGGGACAGCACCCCCAUGUGGUGAGGUAUUACUCUGCAUGGACGGAGGAUGAAUAUGUGCUUCUUCAGAAUGAGUACUGCAACGGAGGAACACUCGAGCAACUCAUCACAGAGAACCGGAGAACACUGAAGUUCUUUUCUGAAGCUCAACUGAAGAAUUUGCUUCUGCACGUUUCACGGGGUUUGAAGUACAUCCACUCAGCUUCUCUCACUCAUAUGAACAUCAAACCAAGUAAUAUAUUUAUAUCAAGGAGAGCAGCUGCUCAGAACACAGAUGUCCAUGAAUCAGAUGCAGACGUCGUGUACAAAAUAGGAAACCUUGGUCAUGUGACUCAUGUGAGUAGCCCAAGAGUGGCAGAAGGAGACAGAAGAUUUUUAGCCAAUGAGAUCCUGCAAGAAGAUUACAGGAAUCUACAGAAAGCGGAUAUUUUUGCCCUGGCACUCACAGUGACUACUGCCUGUAGAGCAAAAGAGCUCCCAAAGAAUGGGGAAAAGUGGCAUGCCGUACGCAGAGGGGAACUCCCAACUGUAGCUUUCGUGCUGUCAAUAGCAUUUCAACAACUGCUCAAGCUCAUGAUUCAUCCGGACCCUGUGUGCAGACCUUCAUCCUCAGCCCUCAUUAAACACACCAUCCUCCAGCCUGUGUGCAGUUUGAGUGCUGGAAGUCUGCAGGAGCAGCUUCAUGCACAGAAGUUCAGAAACGCACUGCUCAUGAAAGAGCUGAGUGAAAUCCAGUCGUCCACAGCAGCUGCAGAACCGAGCUUUUCUGUGACACGUUCCCAAGGAACCAAGUAUAGCCGAUCGUCCAGUCUGUUUGGGAAAAAAAUUAACCGCUCACUUAGUUUAACAAUAUUCUGAUAUGGGAAUGCAACAUAUUGCUGUAGAUUAUUGACCAAUUUUUUGUUGGAAAAACUUGAAUGUAUUAUAUGCAGAUUGAUAUGAUAUGUAAAUAUAAAUAUAUAAAUUCCUUUUCAUUUUCCUUGUUGGACUUCUCAUCACGUGUUUAUUCCCCUUUGCUGUUAUAAUAAGACACUUAUUUUCACUAGAUUUUGGGGUGCGGCUUUUGAGAUUUGUGUUCAGUCAGCUACAAGAGUGUUCGUGAGAUUAGGCACUGAUGUUGUGUUAGGAGUCUCCAGUUCCAGUAUAUCCCAAAAGGUAUUAAGUGGGGUUGAGGCCAGAGCUCCUUUUGUGUUCUUUCACUCCAAUCAAAACCCACCAUAUCUUCAUGGAGCUCUCACUUUAAACACAGGGGCAGUGUAACACUGGAACAGGUUUGUGCCUCUUAGUUCUUAUGGAAAUUGUACUGCUAUUGUGGGCUUCUAAAUCUGUGGCAAUAGCUUGAAGAACUAUAAAUGGUGGUUAUGGUCAGGUGACACACUUUUGGCUGUAUUUAUUAUACAUUCAUUAUAUUAUACAAGAGAUGUGGUUAAAAUAUAGGUUUGGCUGUUUAACGUGAAUUGCUUUUCUUUGUGGCUCAUAUUCAGUGCUGUUAUGUAAAAUUGUAAAAUUGUAAAUAAAUUGUAACUGCGAUAAAAAAUGUGCCGAAUUCAUUUACACAUUCAACAUUGUGUUUCAUUUGUUUUGUUUUUUUGUUACAAAGCAGUGUUAAUUUAUUAAUCAAAGUUUUAUACUUUUUUUAAACUUCACCUAAAACGCAGCUACUGCGUAGCUGCACUUAAAAGUGCUACUGUGUGAAGUCAUAGUCUGUUUCAUGUGUUGUUUUUUAUUCAAAGUGAUAAAUUACAAUCAUAUUGUGACAUUGUAUUUGAGAAGCACUCGAAAGUUGUUGCACAGGCUGAUGCUGAACAUUUCAGGGUAAAUAUAUAUAUUUUUUAUUGCAGUGCCUGUUGAUAGACACUUCUGUGAAGGUCAUAGGAAAUUUUAUCUGCCACAUAUUUUGAUUUCCAGUUAUAGCAUGCUUUUAGUUUUUUACUGUACUUUUAUACAAUAAAAGUUAGCUUGCACACUUCA